AUGGCAACGGAGGAGCCGCAGCUGGGCUCCAUCCAGGACCGCAUCGCCGCCCUGAAACAGGCACAGCAGGCCCAUCCUGCGCCCGGCCCUGGAGCACCGAUCUUCCGGCCUGCCACCACCGAGCGAAGCAGAUCGGCCAACAACCCGCCCGCAUACAACGUGGCCGGCUCGGUGCUAGAUCAGCCAUCUGUCGGAAAUCAACCUGCUGCCGCACAGGCACCAUGGCCACUCCUGCCGCCGCCCUCGAUCACGAGAUCCGCGAAUUCCCCGACGCCGGACCUGAAGCCUAAGAAGCCCCCGCCGCCCUUGCCGACACGCAAAUCUGGGACUGAACCCCCUCCAGCUCCUGCUCGUCCAUCGUCUCGUCCCGCGCUGCCCGUGCGCCGUCCUACGGACCAACACCGGAGACCGUCGUUCGAGUCGAUAACUUCUGAUACAUCCUUAUCAACGGUAUCGACAGUCGGGCGCGGGGCAUCAACAACUUCUGUUAACUCGACUGCUGGUGGAAGUCGAGUCAAGGCUCCGGCAUGGGGAGAGUCUGCGUUGCCGCCACUGCCUCCCAAGCGGGAAAAGACACAGGACAACAAUGGCUUUAUCAUGCCCCCUCCAGCGAAGCCCAAGAGCAAGUCUAGUCUCAGUAGCCUCAGCAGCAGUCUAAGCUCAAAAUUGAGCUUGCCUUCCAGCAAACAAGCAGAAGCCAGAGAGUCUUCUCCGGCUCGUCCCCGUCUUCCCUCUCGCCCGUCUCAAGACCCCCCACAGAGCGAAGAAGCCCCCGCGCCUCGACUGCCGCCACGUCCUUCACCUGCAGGGGAAAUGCAAAGAGCAAACGGAGGAACGGAUGACGCAAGACCUAGUUUACCGGCCCGAAGACUUCCUCCACCGUCUCAAGCCAGUAUCAAGGAUAUCCGUCAGUCUGGGUUCAACAAUCCGAGGCCGCCACCGAGACCGAACAGCACGCCUUCAAAUGGAGCGCCACCACCUAUACCUCAUUCUACGCGCCCAGAUCUUUCCAAGAUCCAAGGAACAAAGCCACGGUCUCACGGUUCAAUUCCAUCAUCCACAGCAAGCCCGCCAGUUGCUGCCGCGUCCUCAGAGACGGAAUGUCUAUUGUGCCGGGACUUCACAGGCCCAGAUGAACAUGCAGCUCAGUACCCGCGCCAAUCUCUUCCGACGCAGGAUCUGGCGUGGCUAGCAAACGAACUGACUGCGCCAUUCCCAUCCUUGACCGACAAGGCCAGAGCGAUAUUUACCUGGCUACACCACAACAUUGCGUACGACGUGGAUUCCUUUUUUAACAACUGCGUAAAACGCCAAACACCGGCCGAGACUCUGGCCAAGGGGCUGGCAGUUUGCGAAGGCUAUGCAGGGCUGUUCGCUACACUAGCUACCAAUGCAGGGCUAGAAGCCAUAGUCGUCUCCGGACACGGAAAGGGGUUCGGCCAUACCGCCCUUGCACCGGGUUCUUCGCUUCCGCCGUUCGAGGGCAACCACGCCUGGAACGCCGUCAAGAUCGACGGGGGUAAAUGGAAGCUGCUGGACUCUUGCUGGGGCGCCGGCGCCAUUUCGGGCAAAGGCAAGCCAUUCACGAAACGAUUCGAGCCAGCUAUGUUCUACAUAACGAACGACGAAUUCGGACAGCGACAUUUCCCCUCGAACAAAGACCAUUUCUUCCGCGAUGAUGGGCGUCCCAGCAUUAGCUGGGAGGAAUACAUUACCUCCAACCACGAAAACCCAGACGGCGUCGAGCCCCUCCUCAUCUACAGCACAGCCGCAAAAGAAACCAUCGGCCGACGCACCUUCCGUCCUGCAGGCCGUCAGAUCUCCAUAUCCAACACCCAAAGUCCCAUCCGCUUCCAAUUCGGUCUCCUCUGCCCACACUGGACCCUCGCCCACCACACCCGCCUCAUACCGAACUUAUACAUGCUAAUGAUCCAUGGCGUAGAUGGACGCAAGGACGAAAGCCUGCCGUUCACGCACGUCCCGGGGUCGGGCCCCGCAGGCGGCGGCGAGUACUGGUACGUCGAUGUUCCGGAUGCGCGCAUGCUCGGCGCGCCGGGCCAGAAGCUGCAGCUGGCUUUUUUGACUAAGCUUGGGAAUAACGAUAAUGCCCGUGGAGUCUCGGCCGAGGAAUACCUGUCCUCUGUCGGGAGGACUUCUAUGGGGUGGUCAUUUAUCGCUGAGUGGGAUCUUGUUAGGUAG